AUGAAAGAUACAGCACCUCGCAAAAAAAUCAUCGUCGCCUUGACAGGCGCAACAGGUGCGCAGAUCGGUAUUCAUAUUCUCCAAACCCUCCGACGGCUCAACGUCGAAACGCACCUCAUCAUCAGCAAGUGGGCCGCCGAGACGAUAAAGUGGGAGACCGAUUACACUCCCGCCGCCGUGAAAGCACUUGCAGACCACGCCUAUAGCUCGCACGAUCUGGCCGCGCCUAUCGCGAGCGGCUCGUAUCGCGUGGAUGGCAUGAUUGUCGUUCCAUGUUCCGUCAAGACCCUCGCUGCGAUCAAUGCGGGCAUCUGCGAUGACUUGGUCACGAGGGCAGCAGAUGUUUGUUUGAAAGAGCGGAAGAGGCUAGUCUUAUCUGUGAGGGAGACGCCGUUCAGUGAGAUACAUUUGAGGAAUAUGGUGGAGGUUACGAGAGCAGGAGCGAUCGUUGCGCCACCUGUUGUAGGAUUUUACACGCGGCCGUCGUCGAUUGAUGAUGUUCUCGACCAGAUGGUUGGAAGGUUGUUAGAUCUUUUCGAUCUAGAUGCGAGAAAUUUUGAGAGAUGGGAUGGACUGCAAAAGAGUACCACAAAUAGCAAGUAG